GUACCACGCUGCCGCCUCUGCGCUCGCUGCCCCUGGUUCAAAUCCUCCCACCAGGAGUCUCCCUUCUGGUUUACAUCCCCGUUCCCAUGAAUGGGUUAAAGACACCAAGCUCCUGGAGUGGAGCCUGAAGCAGGGAGGGGGACGGGAUAGCGGAGGGACCUUCCUGUACCAGCCCCGGACACCUGGGUCCCGAGCCCAGCUCCCCUCCCUCCAGUGUGUGCGCAGGGCGAGUCCCAGUCUGCAGCCCCGGGGAUCGCCCCGGCUGGGCGGGGCAGGCGUCCCCGUUCCCAAACCUGACCUCGUGUCCCACAUGAAGCGAUGGGAAGAGCUGCAAGUCCCAGAUCCCCAGUGUUCCAAGGAACAGGAGAUGCCAAGAGGCACCCACGAAGGUGCCGAGAUCCCACGUAGAAGCAAAGAAAAGACUUUGCAGCAUGAAAGGGAAGCAGCCAGAUGCAAAGGGAAUGUGUCCUGUAGACCCAAGGGGGGCGAUGGCUGGAUGGAAGGGCAGCAGAAUCCCGGACCUCUGGGUUCCAUUUGCGUGAAGAGUGGCAUGAGCGACGGGUCAGUGGGUGGCACCCCAGGCCCUAUCGCCUGCCCCAUGUGCGGGAAGGGCUUCAGCCGCAGGUCGAACCUCACAAAGCACCAGCGGGUCCACACAGGGGAGCGUCCCUUCUGCUGCACCCAGUGUGGGAAAUGCUUCACUCAGAGCUCCAACCUCUGCCGGCACCAGAACCUCCAUGCAGUGGGCGAGGGGCCCUUGUGCUGCCCCGAGUGUGGGGAGAGCUUCACAGGGAGCGCGGGGCUGGCCAGGCACCGAAGAACACAUGCCGUAGGGGAGAGAUCCCACUACUGCCACCAGUGUGGGAAAGGCUUUGCCAGCCCCUCACUCCUGACCAUUCACCGGCGCAGCCACUCGGGGGAGCGGCCGUUCUCCUGUGCCCAGUGCGAGCGCAGCUUUGACCGCAGCUCCCUACUGGUGGAGCACCAGCGCACCCACACUGGGGAACGCCCCUACCGCUGCCACCAAUGCAGCCAGGGCUUCACCCGCGCCACCCACCUCAGCCGGCACCAGCUAAUCCACCGUGGCGAGCGACCUCACGGCUGCCCCGAGUGUGGCCAGUGCUUCCGGCUCCGGGCUGCGUUAGUCAAGCACGUGCGGAGCCACACAGGGGAGCGACCCUACAAGUGUGCUGAGUGUGGGGCGGUCUUCGCCAGCGUCUCCUCCCUGGCCCGGCACCGCCGGAGCCAUGCCGGUGAGAAGCCUCACCACUGCCCCGACUGUGGCAAGAGAUUUGGGCAGAGCACUGCCUUCACUGAGCACUGCCGCACCCACACUGGGGAGCGCCCCUACCGCUGCUUGGAGUGUGGCCGCGCCUUCGCCGGCAGCUCCAACUUCAUCCGGCACCAGAGAAUCCACACCGGGGAGCGGCCCUACCAAUGUCAGGACUGUGGCCGCACUUUCCGGAGCUCCCACCUGCUGCAGCACCAGAUCACCCACACCGGGGACCGUCCCUACCAGUGCCCUGACUGCGGCAAGCGCUUCAGCUGGAGCUCAGCCCUGUGCCAGCACCAGCGCAUUCACCGUGGGGAACGCCCCUACCAGUGCCCUGACUGCGGCAAGCGCUUCGCCCAGAGUUCCAACCUGACCACGCACCGGCGCACCCACACGGGCGAGAAGCCCUACCGCUGCCCACAGUGCGGCCGCGGUUUCAGCCAGAAUGCCAACCUGCUGACCCACCAGCGGGUGCAUGCAGGGGUCAAGCGCCACGAGUGCCCCCAGUGCGGACGAGUCUUCGUGGAGCGCUCAUCCCUGCUCAAGCACCAAGGCGUGCACUUGGCGGAGAAGCCAUACCAGUGCCCCGAGUGCGGGCGCAGCUUCACACAGGGCUCCACACUGGCCCAGCACCUCCGCAUCCACACUGGUGAGAAACCAUACCAGUGCAGUGAGUGCGGGAAAUGCUUUGGGCAGAGCUCGGCCCUGGCCCAGCACCGCCGGGCCCACACAGGUGAGAGAUCCUACCACUGCCACCAGUGCGGCAAGGCCUUCAGUCAGAGCUCCAACCUCAUCACUCACCAGGCCUCACACACCGGUGAGAGGCCCUACAAGUGCCCGGACUGCGGGCGUGCCUUUGGGCGCAGUGCCCAUCUGGUUACCCACCAGCGCACUCACACUGGGGAGCGACCCUACCGCUGCCACCAAUGCGGCAAGGGUUUCAGCCAGAGCUCCACCUAUAUCCAGCACCAGACCACCCACACCGGUGAGCGCCCGUACAAGUGCCCACAGUGUGGCAAGGCCUUUAGCCAGAACUCCAACCUGCUCACCCACCAGCGCAUCCACACUGGUGAAAAACCCUACUGCUGCCACCAAUGCGGCAAGAGCUUCCGGCAGAGCUCGGGCUAUCUGCAGCACCAAAGGACCCACACAGCCUUGCAGCCCUCCACCACACCCACAUAACGGUGCUCGCCGUGGGGACUAUGGGUCUAACAUCAGAAGCCUCCAAUGUUUGUGUUAACUCAGAGACAUGAUGGGAAUUACAAACCACAAUAUGUUGCCCGGCCAUCAGAGGGCACCAGAGGGUUAAACACAGUUGGACAUGCACCUGCCUCUCCUGCUUGGGCUAAAGCAGAGAUACGGUGGACUCAUAGCUGGAUCUGGAUGGUUUUCCAUUUCAUGGGGAAUUCUUUGAUUUUUUUGGAGGGGGGGGAACAUCCAUUCUAGAACAGAAGAAACCAAUUUAAAACUUCCCUAAAACAAAAUCCAUGGGGGAGGGGGGAAGGAACAUCUAGUGUUGACCAAAACAAUUUGUUCUGGGUUAGACUUUUUCAUUUUUUAUUAUAUAACAUAAUAUACCAUUUAAAAAUAUUAUGUAAUAUGCAGUUUAAAAAAUUGAAAGGAAACGUCAUUUGGAAAUGGGAAAUCAAAAUGUUCUGCUAAAGGUCAAAGCAUUUUGUUCCAGUUUUUUUCCUAAAUGAAAUUGAUGCAUUUCCACUCAAUGAAAUGGCAGUUUCAAUGAAAUGGCAUUUUCUGAAGGAGACGUAUGCCAUCAGAAGAGUUCCAACCGACUCUUUUCAAUGAAAGUUAUACAUGGCCCAGCCAACACAACCUGUGGUUGAACCCAGUCGGACGUGCACCGUGAAUGUCAAAAAGACAUUCUUGUGCUGUAUUGUCUCAUAAUCCACUUAGAAUUCACUCCUCAACUAGAUUUCUCUCUCUCGAUUUCUGAGGGGUCUUUAAUCUCACAGACAAAGGCAGAAAAUGAUCCGCUGGCUGGGAGCUUCCCCAGGCAGAAUUGCAUUGGGAGAGCAAAAACUUUUCAUCCAGUGGAAGGUUGAAAGGCUGGAAUCAAAACAUUUAAACUAUUCAGUCAUUGAGUUCGGGUCACUAGUAACAAGUCUAUCAAACAAUACGAGGGGUACAGUCUGCUAAACCAGAUUUCCAGCGGGCAUAAAUCAGGUAUAGUUCAAUGGGGCCAGAUCCCCAGCUGGUGUCAAUUGGCUGUAGCUUCACUGGAGUCAAUGGCCCAGAUCCCCAGCUGGAGUAACUUGGCCAUAACUCCACUGGGAUGCGAAGGAAGCUGUGAGUUAGAGUCACACGUCCCAUAUUUGUGUUGUGGAUAACACACUGGUUAACCUCUAUGUUCUGAGCCAUGGAGAUGGUAUUGAGAUGACUGGCUGUGAUGGAAAUGUUGCAUUCCCAAUAUUUGUACUUUUAAAAUUUGUUUUGUGAGGGUUGUUUUUUUUCCUGGAACUUGCAGAUAAAUUGAAGGAAAAACUCAAAUAUACCAGCUUUUCCAUAGAAAUGGCAUGGUUUGAGUCAUCGUCAUCAACUUCUCAGCUUUGUAAAGUGCCCAGGGUGAAGGAAUAUUGACAUGAAAUGAAAUCCCAAAUUGCAUGUUUUAUUAACUAAAGCACAGUGGUACAAACACACAAAGUUAGGUUAAAGUCCAAUGAAUUCCCAUCUACGAACAAUAACCCACAUCUUCAAUGCCUGAAAAGGUGGGGCUUAUUGUUGUCUUCAAAUACAAGCUUGUGUUGUAGAUGGAGCUUGGGAAGGGCACCCUGCUGUUGGUGUGACUGUUGCUAUGGGACCCUGCAUGCCAUGCUGACCCUAGCUUGGCCCGUGGGCAGGGUCCAGGAGCACAUGCAAUGGCAGGAAUCAGGGAAGAAGGCAGAUGCAGCCACCCCAGCAUGGUUGCCCGAUCCUUGAGCCUGGCCUCCUUUCAGGGGCCCACACAGUACACAGCCUGGAGGGCAAUGAGAGUGGUGCUCAGUGCAGUAACUCAGUGUGGUGUUAGGGGGCACUGCAGAGAGUGGGAUGGGUGCUCAGUAGGGGGCACUGUGCUGUCAGGAGUGGGGUGGGGGCUCAGUAGGGGGUGCUGUGCUGCAGAGAGCAGGAAGGAGGGGCUCUGUGGUGGGCAUCGUGCUGCAGGGAGCAGGGCAGGGUCCUCUUGCCCUUUCCUCAUUCUGGGAAUUCUUUGAUUCCUAUGGCUCCUCGGCAGUCCUAUUUGGAUGCAGGAUUCAUCUUCAGUGCUCGUCCCAAAGCUCCAUCUGGCUGUGACACCCCCAAGGGCAAGUGACAGGAGAGAAACACCAUUUUUCACUUCACUUUUCCUUUUGUCACUUUUCCUUUUGUCUCACACUGAAUUAUUAGCAGACAAUAUUGGUUUCCUUCUGCAGUUUUAGGUAAUGGACCAAUAUAAUCAAUUUGUAUUCUGGCCCAGGGACCCUCUAUCCUUUGAUCACUCAGGGGGGUCCCUCUACCAGUCCAUUAUACCAGCUGCAUUAUUGGCAGCACAAGGCAAGCAAUUAUUUACAUACUGCUCUAUAUCGGUUCUCGUAUUUGGCCACCAGCUGCAGCUUGCAGCCUGCUGAGAGUUUUCUCCUUGUCUAGAUGUCCAUUAUUAUGGACGAGGGUUAUCAUUUCAGAUCUUAUUUCAGUUGGGACAACCCACACUGGCAACAUUUUCCCCAUUUUGGUAGCUAAAAUUCAUCCUGUAUUAUGCAGCCAAAUUUUCCACCCUUGAUAUUCCCGUUUAGCUACAAGCCUUUUUAUCACUGGAUCUUUUUUUCUGCAGGGAUAUUAGACCUAUUUGGUCUGUUUUAUCCCCUUCUACUACUGCGAUUGGAGCUACCUGGAAUUGCAGAUGCCACAAUGUCCCCUCGUUAGUUCCUUCCUUAGCCUCAUCUGCAGUGUUAUUCCACUGAGCCUCCGCAGUCUCUUUCUUAUGAGCCCCUUACCUUUCCCAUUUGUACUGGCUGUUCUCUCUGCUGUGCUAAAUUCCAAAGGUAACACACUUUCUUAGCACGUGCAACAGGCUUGUUAUCUGCUAAUCUCAUUUCACUUUUCUGCCACUGGGACACCCGGUCCACUACAGUGGGCUCUUAGUACCCACUCAGAAUCUGUAAAAAUAGCUACUUAAAAAAAAUCUAUUAGUGUAUUUUCCAGUGAAUCAUAGAAUCCUAAAAGCAGCAAAGAAUCCUGUGGCACCUUAUAGACUAACAGACGUUUUGGA